AUGCUGCCCUUCAAGAUUCCGCGCCGGGCCUUCGACGAGUGCGUAGCCUUGAGCCCGUUGUGGAACCAGCUCGUGGACGCGGCAGCACGCGACCUUCAAUGGCUCUACGCCACACUGGAGCCCGCAGCGAAGGCGGAUGACUUCACGGCUCGACUGCUGCAGAUGUCCAAGGAACUGCACAAAGAGGGCCUUCGGCAACCGAUGAUGCUCGGUAUCCAUCGCUCGGACUACAUGUUGCAUGAGUCCGGCACUCCGCGCUUCCUGCAGGUCGAGCUGAACACCAUAGCCUCUUCCAUGGCCUCGCAUUCUGCCAACGUGCGGAAGCUUCACAACUACGUCUUGGGUCGGUAUGGCAGCCAGUCAGACGAUGUUGGCCGCAGCCUACAGGCUCACUUUGGUGUGCCCAGCACGCAGAUCGUGGACAGGCUCCCAGAGAAUGUGGCGCUGAAGGAAAUCCCUCGCGCCUUUGCGAAAGCGCACGCCGCCCACGGUGUCAAGGAUGCUUUUGUCCUCUUCGUCGUCCAGGACGACGAGCGGAACUUUGCUGACCAGCGCUUCCUGGAGUAUGCGCUCUGGGAGGACUUUCGGAACUCCUGCACUGCGCGUGCUGCUGUGGGAAUCUUCUAUGCAACGCAGACGGGCAACACCGAAACGGUGGCUUCCAAGUUGGCAGAAGCUACAGGUUUGGAAGCCUCGGAUUACGAUGGAGAGGACUUCUCUGAGCUAGAUGGAGUGAUCGCGGGCUGCCCUACCUGGAACACAGGCGCAGAUGAGUACCGCUCCGGAACCACCUGGGAUGAUUACCUUGACACCAUCAAGGAGUACGACCUCAAAGGCAAGGUCGUGGCCGUUUUUGGUUGCGGUGACUCCCAGAGCUACGCAGACAACUUCUGUGAUGGCCUUGAGGAACUUCACAACGCUUUCCAAGCUGCAGGUGCCAAGAUGGUCGGCUACGUUGAUGAAUCUGGCUACUCUUACGGUGAGUCCAAGAGCGUGAAAGAUGGAAAGUUCUUGGGGCUGCCUCUUGAUGAAGACAACGAAGAUGACCAGACCGAUGACCGCAUCGCAGCUUGGGUGGAGCAGCUGAAGGGACGACUCUUGGAACGAUCCCAAGAAGUUGAACUUGUAACAGGGUUGCGCAAUGGCUGGGACGAGUUGAACGGAGCCGGCGGCUUUCUCGUUCUGAUCUGCCGCAGUGGGCCCAUGAACUCCUGCACUGCGCGUGCUGCUGUGGGAAUCUUCUAUGCAACGCAGACGGGCAACACCGAAACGGUGGCUUCCAAGUUGGCAGAAGCUACAGGUUUGGAAGCCUCGGAUUACGAUGGAGAGGACUUCUCUGAGCUGGAUGGAGUGAUCGCGGGCUGCCCUACCUGGAACACAGGCGCAGAUGAGUACCGCUCCGGAACCACCUGGGAUGAUUACCUUGACACCAUCAAGGAGUACGACCUCAAAGGCAAGGUCGUGGCCGUUUUUGGUUGCGGUGACUCCCAGAGCUACGCAGAUAACUUCUGUGAUGGCAUUGAGGAACUUCACAACGCUUUCCAAGCUGCAGGUGCCAAGAUGGUCGGCUACGUUGAUGAAUCUGGCUACUCUUACGGUGAGUCCAAGAGCGUGAAAGAUGGAAAGUUCUUGGGGCUGCCUCUUGAUGAAGACAACGAAGAUGACCAGACCGAUGACCGCAUCGCAGCUUGGGUGGAGCAGCUGAAGGGCGAGGGCAUGCCUCUGUAA